GGUCAAUCCAUUUCUCUCUCUAACAAUUGACCAAAUACUAGAUUUUCUCACCAACCAAACACCGAAACUUUUAUCUCUACCCCGAUCCUUGCUUUAGAUGGUACGAAUUGUGUCUCCUAAUUCUCAGCCGAUGUUUUCUUCUUCUUCUUCUUCAUCAUCUUCUUUGUCUUGGUCGACUCCAACCACGACAUCGACGUCGAUGACCGAGACGGUGAAUGGGUCUCACCUGUUCAAAAUCGCAGGCUACUCGCUCUUGAAAGGUAUAGGGAUCGGAAACUACGUGGCGUCUGAUACUUUCACCGGCGGCGGGUACUCUUGGGCAAUCUAUUUUUACCCGGAUGGCAAGAAAGUGCAGUACGAUGCUCCGUAUGUUUCAUUGUUUAUAGUUUUGGCGAGCGAAGGCACUGAUGUGAGAGCGCUUUUUGAACUGAAGCUUUUGGAUCAGAGUGGGAAAGGGAGGCAUAAGGUUCAUACCCAGUUCGAUAGUGGGCCUUACACGAUCAGAAAUUGCGGUAGCAUGUGGGGUUGUGAGCGAUUUUUCAAAAGAACUGAUCUACAGACAUCUGACUACCUCAAAGAUGAUUGCCUCAAGGUUCACUGUAGUGUAGGUGUUGUGAGAUCAUACACCAAGGGUCCUAAGAUCUACUCUAUUGCAGUACCACCUUCUAACCUUGGUCAGAAUUUGGGGCAGCUAUUUGAAACUGGAGAGGGAACAGAUGUGAAUUUAGAAGUUGAUGGGGAAACUUUUGCUGCUCAUUGUGAAGGGCAUAGUUCUGAUUAUGAAGGUUCAUUGCCUGAAAGGACUGCGUCUCAACCCUCUAGUCAUGUUGAAGACCCUAGUGGUUCUUUCCUGGAGAGGUACUCUAAGUUUCCUCCAUGGUCAUGCCAAGUGAAGAAUGAAGAUGGAUCUAUCAGAUGUACGCAACAUGAAAGGCUGAAACAAGCUUCGAAUGUUCCAUGGACCUGUCCGAGGGCCCAGUUGGCAGAGUCUCUUCUUCAAACUUUGGAGAAAUGGUUUGAAGGGCUUAGAGUUGGAGUUGGUCCCCCACAGCGGGAUAAUGAAGGAGGUUCUAAGAGUCGUGGUACGAGGUCAUCUAGGCAGGAUAAUGGAGGAGGUUUUGGGAGUCGUGGUAUGAGGUCAUCUAGGCGGGAUAAUGGAGGAGGUUCUAGGAGUCGUGGUACGAGGUUGUCUCGUCAAAGGACCUUGAAUUUGUCUCGUCGGAGAACCCGAGGUCCUUCGACACCUUCCAAUGAAGAUGAAAACAAUCAGCUCGGCCAAUUCCUUGCAAAACAAAGAAACUUGCUUUUCCUUGUAUUUUUGUUUAUGUUUUAUGUUUUUGUUUUUUCUUUUUUUCUUUUUGUUUUUUGGUAAGUGAUGUAGGGGUGUUUAAAAAACUGCUCUGAUCACACGGCUGUAUCACACCGGCGGCCAAAGAUUCUUGAGGCCCACUUUUAUUUUAUUUAUUUUUUGUUGCUAAAACCAACUUCUAUUAAACAGAAGAAACAAACAAACAGUCUUUCCUCCAAGCAUCACAAACUUCAUCUGGGAGGAAGGAGUUCCUCUGGCAUAGUACACUGUUAA